UAACAGUCAGACUAACAGACUAACAGUCAGUUUAACACACUAACAGUCAGACUAACAGUCAGACUAACACACUAACAGUCAGACUAACAGUCAGACUAACUGGGUCUCUGAAUAAAUCAGCUUUUAUGUCUUAGCUCUCCUCCUCUUCAUCAUCAUCUUCAUCUUAAUAUUUUAAUUUUUCUUAAAGUCCUUAUUACUGCUCCUUCAGAAUAAAAGCACGCCCCACUCCCCACAUUAACUAAGUUUAGAGGAAAAGGUUCGGGAUGUUUUGAUGCUUCAGCGUCUCACUAAUCACUGUUGUGAGUGUCCUGUGACCUCUGACCUCCUUACUGCUGCUGCUGAGGAUGUGUGGACACAAACAGUUUGACUGUCCCACUUCACAUUAACAUUUAACUGUGAUGUGUUUAAACCAGCCGGUCACUGACUGACUGUUUCACCUCUGGCAUUACAGGGAGGUUUACAUUAAUGAAGCAGGAAACAAUCAAUCAGCUGGUCUCAGUUUAAUUAUUGUUGUUGUUUGUUAUAAUGAACAUGUGAUCGUGAGUCUACAGCUGCUGCUGCUGCUGCCUUGUUGUUGUGUCAGGCUGAGCUAACAUUGAUCCUGACAUGUCCUGCUCUGCCUCCAAUGUGAUCAAUACUUUGAUCAAUACACAUGCUCACAGGUUUAACUCCUCCAGACUCCAGUCAUUAUUCAGUAAUUUAUUGAUUAUAUUCUAAUGACCUCAUUAUAAUGUGAUGAUGUUCCAAUCAGCUGUUUAUAAAGUGAUUAUAACCUCCAUAAUAAGCUUUAAGUUAGUUUGUAAUAUUGAAAUAUUUAAUUUCUAAUAUAAAACCAGACGCUGAUGAUCAAUUACCUGAUGAUCAAUAACCAGAUCAAAGUUUUCAUGCUUCUGAUAUUGAAGAAAGGAAGUUUAAUGAAGUCACUUUUAUACAUUUUCAAUAUCUUAUAAUAUUUAUAAACUUAUAGAAAAGAUGUCUCUAAAAAUUUCUCUUAGAGUCACACACACACACACACACACACUCGGGCGCACGCGCUCGUGCCCGCGCCCUCAGUGCUGCAGGUAGUAGCUCCUCCCCCUCCCUCCUCCAUUCUGCUGUUUUAAACACAAUAACCGCCGCUCCGGAUCCGCGGACCAACCGGACUCGGGUCUGAGGAGUGUUUGGGUUCCUCCGGUUCCAGGUCUCGGGUCUCGGGUCUCAGGUGAGCCGCUUCAAACCGCCAUGUUGUUGUUUUUCUGUCUGCGUUGGUGCUUUGAUGAUAUCGGGAGAUUUGUACGUAGCGACCGUUACUCUCAUUCACCGAAGCUAACACCACAGUCGGUACCGGGUCCAGACCUGGUCCAGACCGGCUCGGUGGGGCCAACACGCGGCCGGGCUCGGUGUUGGUAGCCGCAGCAGAGGAGACGGGUUAAAGCGGAGCGGUGAUGCCGCUCGGUCCUCAUUGUUCUCCGUGAAGUUUGCUGGAAGUGAUGUAACGUAGCUCCGGUGUUUUCACUGCCGGACUCCGUCUGAAAAACGGCCGUUUUAACGCUCCCCCGCCUGGCGGUGAGUGUCCCGUGUGAGGCGGAGCUCUGGCCUCCAGGCUGCAGCCAGCACUUUGUUUUAAUGAAGCUGGACUCCAGCCGGUAGCUCCCGGUGUUCACCGCUGUCCUGGAGGUAGGAAACCCCGGGAACAACCGGAGAACCGGUGGAAAGGGACGUGUUUUCUUCUUCACUAAGUUCUGGCGGUGGAUUCAGUUUCCGCCGAUUUGAAGAGGAGCUCGUGUUUCUUCUAAAAGUAGUUUAAUAAUAUUGUGUGGCGGGGAAACACUGACGAUCUGACUAACCACAGAGCCGAGCUGACCUCUGACCUCUGACCUGCUCUGCUGACCGGCUGGGAGCCGAUGGUUGUGGCAGCGGUGAUGAUGAAGAGGAGGAUGAGGAGCCGUCACACAGCUAUACAUGUCGGUGUGUGAAAGGAGGUCAAAGGUCAUGUCACCUGAUGCAGAUGGACAGGGAUGAGGCCUUGAAGUCCAGAAUAAAAACCUCAGGUCUGUUUCUGACUGGAACGUGGAACCUGAAGGAACCUGAACUCAGAACCAGAGGAUUAUAAUCUGACUCAGUUCUUUCAGGUGGAAGAGCCUUAAACUGUUUUUACUCUUUAACUUGAUUGUAAAUUUGACCUUCCUGCUCCGUCCGUCCUGUUGGGAGGUGUCAUCAUAUUUUUACCCCCGGCCCCUUCCUCGGUGGGACGACAUGGCUCUGUCUGCGUCGAUACGAGAACGGGCGACAGGAAGUUGAUUGCUGCAGGGAGCGGGGCUGAGAGACAGCCAACAAGAGAGGGAGAGAGAGAGAGGGAUAUGUCGUGGAAGAGGAACUACUUUGCGUCAGGCGGCCUCGGUGUCAGUGGAGGUGCUGUGGACAGGGGGGUGCAGGGAAUCUUGACGCCUCGCACCAUGACGUCCAUCGCUCCCAGUAAAGGCCUGAGCAACGAGCCAGGACAGAACAGCUGCUUCCUGAACAGCGCCCUCCAGGUCCUGUGGCACCUCGACAUCUUCCGUCGUAGUUUCCGUCAGCUGACGACACAUAAGUGCAUGGAGGACUCGUGCAUUUUCUGCGCUCUGAAGAGCAUCUUCGCUCAGUUUCAGUACAGCAGUGAGAAGGUUUUACCGUCUGAUGCUCUCCGCAGUGCGCUUGCCAAAACCUUCCAGGACGAGCAGAGGUUCCAGCUUGGCAUCAUGGACGAUGCCGCAGAGUGCUUCGAAAACAUCCUGAUGAGGAUCCACUUCCACAUUUCAGAUGAGACCACAGAGGACAUCUGCACAGCCCGACACUGUAUCCCUCACCAGAAGUUCGCCAUGACACUGUUUGAACAGUGUGUGUGCAGCAGCUGUGGAGCUUCCUCAGACCCUCUGCCCUUCAUUCAGAUGGUCCACUACAUCUCCACCACCUCCCUGUGUAAUCAGGCAGUGAAGAUGUUGGAGUCAAGGGAGAAGGCAACUCCCGGCAUGUUUGGAGAGCUGCUGAGAAACGCCAGCAUGGGAGACCUCCGCAACUGCCCUAGUCAGUGCGGUCAGCAGCUCAGGAUGGCUCGUGUCCUCCUCAACAGUCCAGAGAUCAUCACCAUCGGUCUGGUCUGGGACUCUGAUCACUCCGACCUGGCUGAGGACGUCAUUCACACCCUGGGAACCUGCCUGCGCCUGGGAGAUUUGUUUUACAAGGUGACGGAGGAGAAGGCCCGUCAGUCGGAGCUCUACCUGGUUGGCAUGGUGUGUUACUAUGGGAAACAUUACUCCACCUUCUUCUUCCAGACAAAGAUCCGACGAUGGAUGUACUUUGAUGACGCUCACGUCAAGGAGAUCGGUCCUAAGUGGAAGGACGUGGUCUUUCGCUGCAUCAAAGGUCACUACCAGCCUCUACUGCUGCUGUACGCCGACCCCCGGGGGACACCAGUGUCCACCCAGGACCCACCCCCCCGUCUGGACCUGCACCCCCCCAACAAGACCUGUUACGAUAGCGAGGACUCGGGCCGCGAGCCGUCGAUCUCCAGCGACACUCGCACCGACUCGUCGACAGACAGCUACUCGGGCCGACAGCCCGGUCCCUCCCACCAUGAGUCUCUGGUCAGUCACUGCUCGUCCGACUCCCAGGGAACCGUCAUCUGCUCCGAACACCCUGACGUCGCCCUGCACGCCUCGCUCUGCAGCCUGGACACCAUAGGCCACGUGACGGACAGUGAGCAGCACCAGUCUCUGAGGAAGGGAGGCGGGGCUGGGGAUAGGAGGCGGAGCUCUGUCCGCACCCAGCGAUCUAAACCAGACAACGAAGCCUCAUCGGCCGGGUACCACAGCGAGGGAGAGACGUUGAAGGAGCAGCAGGUUCCUCGUCAUUUCCCCAAACCUCCUUCCUCCUUCUCGUCCUCCACCAGUCGCCUCCGAGACUUUAAGGAGACCAUGAGUAACAUCCUCCACAGCCGCCCCCUCUCCUCCUCCUCCUCCUCAUCUCUACCAACCGCCGUCCUCGCUGACAUCAACUCCUCCACCAGCAGCCACCUCCACCCUAACCCCACCCCCGCUCCCUGCUCCUCCUCCAACAAACCCCAUGACUGGGAGGCAGAGAGCACCAGCAGUGAGUCCAAGUCCAGCUCCUCUGGCGGGGCGGGGUCAGGGAGGUACCGGCCAGCUUGGAAGCCUCGCAGGGAAGUGCUCAACAUCGACAGCAUCUUCACCCGCGAGAGGAGGAGGCAGGCAGGGUACAGCCCGCUGGGCCCCUCCCUGCCCGACGACUGUGGAGCUCCAGCCUCAGAGAGAGCUGACGCCUCCUUCACAGCCCCACACGAGGUGAUGUCUGUGAGGCCGGGCUCCUCUUGGACUCUCCCCUCCUCCUCCAGCAGCCACAGAGGAGGAAGAGGAGGAGGAGCAGAGCUCCCUCCUCCUCCUCCUCCUCCCCCCAGGCUGAUCCAGAGGAUGGAGAGCGGAUACGAGAGCAGUGAGAGGAACAGCAGCAGCCCGGUCAGCCUGGACCUGAACCUGAACCUGGGAGACAGGGACUGUACUGUGAAGAAGUCUUCACUCUGCUCCUCUUCGUCAGGACCGUCAUGGAGGAACAUCAGAUCAAAGAGCAGUGGCGCUCUGCUGCAGGAAAUCAGCUCCUUUAGUAGGGGGAGCCUCGCACCCCCUGCAGACCGCAGUGAGCUGGAUGAGUUACAAGAGGAGGUGCUGAGGAGAGCGAGGGAGGAGGAGCAGCAGCGACGACAGGAGAAGGAGAGAGAGGCUGCGCUAGGCUUCAACCCAAGACCCAGCAAAUAUCUGGACCUGGACCAGCUGCAGAUCCAGGGUAAAGGUGACAGCUUUGAGCGCUGUGUGUCGGAGGCGGAGCUCCUGCUGGACCAGUCAGUGCGUCUGGAGCAGGCGGGCGAGGUCACCUCCGCGCUGUCGGCUGUCAAUGAAGCAGUCUCCAAACUGCGGCUGGCGGCGGCUGGGGGCGGAGCUAGUAGUCAGACCCGGCUGCAGCGCUGCAUGAGGAGAGCCCGCAGCCUGCAGCAACGCAUGCAACUGCAGCAGCAGCAGCAACAGGAGUCAGAGGCAGGCAGACCAGAGCAACAGCAGGAGGAGGGGCAGCAGCUCCAGGAACAGCGCAGUGAAAAGCCUCUCUCGCUCAAAAUACUUCUGACAAACAGACAGGGCGACCAAUCAGCCGCCAGUCAGGACCAGCAGGCCCCGCCUCUCUCUCCCUGCCAUGUUAAGCCCCUGCCCACCAGAACAGACCCCGCCUCCAGCCCUAUAGGUUCUCCCAGGGAGGACAGCAGGACUGGGGGCCCCUGCUCUCGGUCUGGGAUGCCCUUUUCUAACACCGGCUCCCUCCCUCUGUGUGACACCUGGGAGCAGAGUCCUCUGGAAGAUUUGGCUCCACCCCCUCCACCUGAGGAGGCGGGCCUCUCCACCCAGUGGACCAGAACACCCCCUGACCCCAUCCCAGUACAAGCUCCGCCCCCACCCAGACCAUACUCCCGAUCCCCAUCGCCUGUCGGCGCCAACGACAGGUGUCAACUGAUGGUGGCGGAGGAGCCAUAUAACAUCAGACAGCCACUGACCACACCCCCUAUACCUAGCCCCACUUCCAGACCAGUCUUGCCCCCUCCAACCUACCCCACCAGAAACUGGUCUUGCUUACACCUGGACCUACCUGAUGCUGUUGAUUCUCCUGAUCCACCGACCUACACCCCCCAAGACUCCCCCUCCAGCCUCCCCCUGCCUCCUGUGAGCUGGUAUGGUCGGACCUGCUCCCCGCCCCCCAGCCAGGACUACAGCCACACCCUGCCCGUGGAGCGCUGGGCUGAGAAUGUCAACAGGUACUACGGUUCCCAGAAUGCAGCAGGAGGAGCAGGGGGGGAAGGGGCGGUGCCCAGUGAGGAGCUGUCAGAGCUGGACUCGUUAUACCAGGCCAGUCUCCUGGCUCCCAGCAUGCACCGGGGUAGCCGCGGAGUCAGCCCUCAGCCAACUGGCAACAGACCAGGCAUGAGGAGAAUGCUGUCAGGAUCUGGACGGUCUAAAACACCGACAGCAGAGAUCGAGAGAUAUGCCUACAGAACACCGGUCACACCUCAGCAUAAGCUGUCGUCAGGUGAAGACGAGAGCUACAGCGCAGAAAACCUGCGACGCAUCGCCCGCAGUCUGAGUGGCACUGUCAUCGGGUCACGACCCCAACACAUCAGCCUCUCCCACAGCUGUGACCCCUCUGUGUCCAGACCCCCCCUCAAACACGCCGACCUUCACUUCUCCUCUUCCUCCCUGCUGCGUCGCCCCAGCUCUUCCUCCUCCUCCUCCUCCUUCACUACAGAUCCCACCUACCUUCACCUCCAACAACCCCAACACCACGGCCCCCCAGCUCCUGCACCUCCUCCACAGCACCCCCCCUCGCAGACAUCACGGCCCCACAGCUCAGGCCUCAGCUCCUGGGGACGCUCAGGAUCUGGACCCGGGGUCCAGCAGCAGUUUCUGGUUGUGUCUGACCGGCAUCAGACUCUCUCAGGUCAAGGCCUCCACAGCGUCGCGCUGAGUUACGGGACUCUGCCCCGCGCUCCUCGGCGAGCCCCGCCUUCCUCCUCUUCCUCCUCCCUCCCCAGGCCCAGAGCUGGUUCCAGUCCUGCCCCCCGGCCUAGUCCUCAGAGUCUCUACGCCACCCUGUCCCACCCUUGCCGCUCCCCCAACAGGAAUGGUCACUACCGGCAACCAUCGCUGCCCAGUAAGGUCAACGGGUCAUCCCUCUACGCUCCACACCCCCUCAGGUUGCCGGGAGAUGCCCCCGCCCAGCCACUCCGCCUAGACGUCCCACCUGAGAGCGACUGGCGCCAUGAUGCUGACUACAGGACUGUCCAGUCCAGCUCCACCUGGGACCUCCGCACCACUCGCCCCCACCAGACACUCCAGAGGAGCCACCCCCACCAGCCUGCCGCCCCCCGGCCCCGCAGGGACCCCCAGCUCUGCUCCCUCUGCCAGCAGCUUCCUGCUGAGCCGCCACGCCCCUACUGCUCGACCUGUGGCGCCUACGUGGCUCGGUUCCGCCCGGUCAGCUGAUCAGCCCCCACUCCCCACACAACAGAAGAGUCACAUGUCCUUUUUUCAGAAAGUGCCAACGUCUCUUCAGACAGCAGAGUACAGCUCUGUGAUUGGCCUGGAGGGCUGCAGCGUCAUCAUGGCAUCACAACAUUAUGACAUCAUCAUGUGUGUGUUUGUUGGACUGAACACUGAGGUUUCUAAUGGAGGUAAAGCAAGAUGAAGAUGAUGAAGAUGAUGAAGAUGACCUCUGCUGUCUCCUGGUCAUCAAUUCAAUAAAUCGAAUAGGAGACUGUCAUAAACCUUCAUCAUCAUCAUCAUCAUCAUCAUCAACAUGUUGCAGCUGAAGCUUCACGUCUGAUAAUGACUUCAGCUGCAGGUUCAUGGACUCUGGACUCUGGACUGUGGUGGAUCUGAUAGCAGCUGGAUCUUCACAUCUGGACACAUCAAACAGGAAGUGAAAGACAUGAGACGAGACUGAAGGACAGGAAGUAGAGUCCGAGCUCCUUCCUCCAGACUCUGAUUGAAAUCCACUUACUCUAUUUAUUUUUGUAGCUUGUCAGAUCAGCUGUGUUACUCUGCUGUAGACCUGGUCUAGUUUUCUAAAGUCUGUUAGUCGCCUUGUGUGGGACAGCCCCCCCGUGGGCGGGGCCGAGUCCACAGCCUGUUAGAGGAUUUUAGAUCAAUAACUGAAGCUUUUAUUUUGAAGGAGUUGCAGCUAAUAUUUAGCAUGUUUUCAGACCUGUUUGUUAGCCUGAAGAAUCUCUAUACUUUACUGUAACAAAGACAAAUCCAGAUGUUUCCCUGCAGCUGGACUAGAGUCUCUUUAGCUUGUUGCUGCUUCUGUCGACAUCUCUCUGUUCAGGGACAUGCUUCUCUGGUUCUACUCAGACCGGGUCAGACCUCAACCUGGUCAGACCACGUCUGGUAGAAGAUGAAGGAUCACCUUAAAUCAUGAAUGCUGUUGUUCACAGACUGACAGACCUCUGUCCUACUGCCAAGAAUCCAGGGGCACUCUGCCCCCAGUGCUGACCCCGCCCACCCAGUGCUCCGGGUGACGUAAAACAAACAAACCCACGUCUGGUCUGAAGUCUGCAGGUUAAUGAAGAUAAUGAUAAUUACAGUGGAAAUCCUGCUGAAAACCAGGACACAAACUCUUAUCUGCUGACAUAUUGAUUGAUUGAUUGAUUGAUUGAUUGAUUGAUUGAUUGAUUGAUUGAUUGAUUGCUUUAUUGAUUGCUUUAUUGAUUGAUUGAUUGAUUGAUUGAUUGAUUGAUUGAUUGAUUGAUUGAUUGAUUGAUUGAUUGAUUGUCUGUGUGUCAGACCAGACCUGAGUUAAGUAAGAAUGCAACAGAAAGUGUCAAAGAUUCAGAUGAGGAGAAAAUAACUUUUAUUUUAUUUUUUGCUUUUGGCUUUUUGCUUUUUUCAGAUUUGAUUCUGUUGGUUUUGGUAUUUUUGAAUCUUAUUUUUCUACAGUGCAGAUAAACUGUACAAAUUAACAGAUUAACAGAAUGUUUAAAGUUUAGAUUCUUUAGAUGAUUGUUUUAGUAGGAAAUCAUCACAUUCACUGUUGAAGCUGCUCAGCUGCUGCGUCCUUUAACUUCCUGCCUCUGAAUUCAUUUAGUUUCAGUUUAAAGAUGAAAACAAACGCUUGAUGAUUUAAAAACAGAAACAUGAUGAAUCUGAAUGAAAAUGUUUUCUCUGGUUCCUCUCAGCAGCUGAGCAGCAUUUGGAGUUCACUUUUCUUCUUCUGCUGAUUCUACAGACGUUUUCUCAGCUGACACGAUGACUCAUCACAGCAGGUGAAUCACAGGUAAAUCAGGUUUUACCUAAGUGAGUCAGAACCAGGACCUGCAGAUGUCUCUCUAUCCUGCUCUGAUGGUCAACAUGUCCACUGGGAUGGACUGUCUCCGUCUCUGCAGGCUUGUGUUUCCAUGCUGUGCUGACAGAAAGAUUCUGUAUUUUUGCAAUAAAGUGUUGAGACAAGGAGCAACAA